UUCCAGUUGAUUUCCAGUUAGUUCAAUUGUUUUAGUGCGCAAUAGUAGUUGGUCUUACAAGAGUUUGAGCUCGGACGAAUAAGUGGAGCAGUCGUCUUUUAAAAAACCAACUUUUGAAUGAGCCUGAAUUAAAAUGGCAGCUCUAAUACGUACAAAAGUGGAGCUUUUCUAUGAUGUCGUUUCCCCAUACAGUUGGUUUGGAUUUGAGGCGUUAUGUCGGUAUCGGCCGCAUUGGAAAAUGGAUCUAGUUCUUCGGCCAUUUUUUCUAGGAGGAGUAAUGAAUGAAACAGGCAACAGGCCACCAAUGAUGGUUCCAUCUAAAGGCUUGUACAUGCAAAAAGAUCUUUUAAGAAAUGCUGCUUACUUUGGAAUUCCAUUGAAGUUAAUAGAGGAUCCUUUUAAUGUAAUGAUUGAGAAGGGAACUUUGAGAGCUCAAAGAUUUCUUACUGCUAUUGCUCACGAACACCCCGAACAUGUUGAGGGUGUUUCGCGCGAACUUUGGACUAGAAUUUGGUCAAGAGGGGAAGAUAUUGUAGAAAAUGAAAGUUUGCGUCUUGCUGCAAAGGCAGCAAACAUGAAAGAUUUUGACAUACAAAAAUGUUUCAAGUUGAUGGAUGAUUCCACUGUGAAAUUGGCUUUAAAGAAAUCUACCGAAGACGCCAUUGAGCAUGGGAACAUCACAUUAAAUAUAUAUGCAUUGAUAAUAUUAGGCUUUUGGCGCACCUACCAUUGUUGUUCACUCAAAGGAUAACCCGGAAAUGUUUUUCGGCUCGGACCGUUUUCCUUUGAUUGCGCAAAUGAUGAAUGAAGAAUGGAAAGGUCCUUUUCCAGAGUAGAAAACUUCUCAAAUUUUUAAAUAUUGAUUAGUAAAAGAUAAAAAGAAGUGUACAGAAGUAUUAGCUUUAGCUUUUUUUUUUUUUGAUUAAUAUUCUUGCUAAUCUUGCCCUUGGAAAUUUGUGAUUAAAGACAUCAGUUUGAUAAUAAAAUGUAAUAUGGUAGAUUUUA